AGUGACUUGACUUAAAGGUUGACUUGGCUCUUUUAUAAAGUUUGCUCAACCUUAAGGCUUUUCCAUCAUUACCCAACCCACUUUACUUCUAAUUUCCACCUCUCAUUUCCUUCCCAAAGCUCCAAAAUGAAGAAAAUUGUGUUGAAGUUGGAUUUGCACAACGAUAAAUGCAGACAGAAAGGCAUGAAGAUGGCCUCUGGUCUUUCAGGGGUUGAGUCGGUUGCAAUAGACAAGGACCAAAAAUUGACAGUAAUAGGAGAUGUGGAUCCAGUUAAGGCAGCGAAGAAAUUAGGCAAGUUAUGCCAUACUGAAAUAGUUUCGGUCGGACCGGCAAAAGAGCCGGAGAAGAAGAAGGAAGAACCCAAGAAACCACCGGAACCAAAGAAAGACCCACCGAAAGAACUUGUAGUACAAUACCCGUAUCCAAUGAUAUGUCACCCUCCAUACUAUCCUCCGUUUCCCGAUUUUUACUAUAAACCUAUCGAGGAACAUCCACCUGCUUGCAUUAUCUCUUAAUUUUUUUGGUGUUUUAGAUAUCAAAAUUGUAAUAUUAUAUAAUAAUUAAUAAAUAAGAAAAUUAAAAGAAAUAUUUUUUCUAA